AUAUCUAGUUGUUGAAUAGUUAUAGUUAAAUCUGAAACUCUUCCAUGCUGAUAAACCAACAGAAUCGUUACCCAGUCCUUUUCUCUGCUCCUAUAAUCAAAGGAAGCUCAGGUAGAGGUGCUCCUUUGGUCGAUGUUCUCCAGACCGGCACAGGUCAGCUGAUGAAGGUUGUAAGCAGAUGUUUUGUGUCUGCAGCAGCGGUCAGCCCUUCGUGACUGGUGUUUGGGGGAGCACUUACCACGCCCAGAGCAGCUGGCAGAACCCUGGACAACAGGACCCAGGUCACAGUUUGGCUCAGACAGGACAGAUGGACUACUCCAAAGCUUGGGAUCAGUACUAUAAGAAGCUAGGUCAGCAGAACCAGCCUCAGAACAUGAUGACGGACUACAGUAAAGCCUGGGAAGACUACUACAAGAAACAGAGUAUGACACCUGAAUGUUUGACAGUUCUUGUGUUGCUCAGAGUUUGCUGUUCAGAUUAAAGUCUGAAAUAAACAUGCCAGGUUCCGAUCUGUGUUAACCACUGUCCACUCUUAUGAGAUUAAAGCACGACUCAGCUGUAUGUGUUGGAAAGAUAGGGCCAUACAAAGCUAUUAUCAGGAGUAAGGAAAGGGUCCCAGCCAGACAAAACCACCAGACAACGGGGUCAAGCACCUUACACCCAUCUAACAAUGGGUCCA